AUGCUUUUAAAAUCUGAACUGUACGAAAUUGAAUGUCACUGUACAUUGGCAGUUACAACUAAGGCAAAGAAGGAAGGAAAAAAUUGGGAAAUUUAUGUUAAUUCUUUUCACUGUGCCGUUCAUCCAGAAAAGACCUCUCGUCGAGGUCAUCAUUUCACCAAAUGCUUCUUGCGCCAGAUGGGAACUGACUGA